AUGGAAAGGAAAUUGCCUUUAUACUUGCAACAAUCUCAAUACCAACUAUUAAAGAAAUUUGAAGAGAUCAAGUUAUUAGAAGGUGAACGAAUUCAUGAAGCAACAAUUCAUCAAGAUAAAUCAAGAUGGAGUUUACAACAUGGUGUUGAAGGAUUCGAUCUGAAACGGAACAGAUAUCAAAAUGUGAUUCCAUAUGAUCGUACAAGAGUAGCAUUGCAAGUGAAACCAGGUUUUAGUGAUUAUAUCAAUGCAUCAAAGAUUCAUUUAGACCUAACAAAGAAAUGGGGCAAGCCUUGUGAAUCAUCAAAUUACAUUUCAUGUCAAGGUCCAACUUUCAAUACAACUAGUCAUUUCUGGCAAAUGGUUGCACAGAGUACCACUGCAAAGAAUGUUGUUAUAUGUAUGGUUACUCCAUUAGAAGAGCAUGGGAUAUCAAAAUGUUUCAAGUAUUGGUUAGAUGUUAAGGAUGAUUUUGUUGUUUUCAAAAGUGGUAAAGAUGGGUUCCUAAAUGACUUGAGAUUGAAGUGUAUUGAUGCUAGUGAAGACGUUGACAUUCCAGGUGUUCAUUACACCACGUUAUCCUUGGAGAUGUUGAAGCCAGGCACCACUGAUCAAGUUGUUGAUGAACGAGUUAUCCACCAUUUGUACUACGACCAAUGGACAGACUUCAGCAAACCAGACAACUGGGAGGCAAUCCACCAAUUGUCCAAGCUCGCCAGGGGGCUCAACGACGAGGCCAACCCGUUGAUUGUCCAUUGCUCAGCUGGAGUGGGCCGCUCAGGGACGUUUGUGGCACUGGACUACCUGUUCAACUGUGUCUCUAGCUACGACCCCAGUGACUCCCAGGCAGACGACCUUGUGGAGGUCCUUGUCCAGGCGCUCAGAGCCAGGCGGAUGAUGAUGGUUCAGAGCCCAGAGCAGUUUGUGUUUGUUUAUGAGAGUCUCGCAAAGUUUCUACUCAGCGGCUAA